AGAUGAGUGAGAGCAUCCUGAGCCCUUCAGAUGCCCCGUGGCACAGAGGAAACUUGGGAGUUCUGGUUUUCACUGUCCUGUUUCCCUCCCAUUGCAUUUCCAGUGGAAAGGAUGUUUUGGAACCUGAUGACCUUCACAACCAGGGACUUCUCCAUCCGCUCACUGGCUGACCGCCUGGGUGACCUCAGUUACCUCAUCUACGUCUUCCCUGACCGGCCCAAGGACGAGGUCUUCUCCAAGUACUACACGCCGGUUCCCUGUGAGUCCGCGCCAGCUAAAGCUGUGGAUGGAUACGUGAAGCCACAGAUCAAACAAGUGGUGCCAGACCCCGAGGCUGUGCUGGACCCUGAAGGGGACUUUGACCUGGACGACACGAUGGACGUAGCAAGGCACGUGGAGGAGCUUCUACGGCGGCCAAUGGACCAUCAGUGGAUCCCUCACGCCCAGUCGUGACCUGGGGGCACCUCCCCCCACACCCUGUGACAGCCCCACCUGGCAGCCAGGGCCUUGGGGAUGACACGGGGAUGAAGCCCUCCUGAGAGCAGCCUUGUGUUCAUGUCUGUGUGCCAGAGCCAGUGGUAUGUGAGGGGUGGGGUGUCCUUUCCCAAGGGUUUGCUCUGAACCGUCUGCAGUGUCCUAGGGCUGCACGAGGCUCUCUGGUGUUUUAUCCCCCUUGUACAAAAGGCAGUGGAUUUGUCGCAUGGUUUUCCUGUAUGUUCCUUUGAGGCCCAGCUUUGGCUUUCUGCUUCUGCAAGCUCCUGCUCUCAUGGCUGUUCCCUAGUGCACCACGCGUGUCCUGGCAUCCCACUGGCUCCCUCUGGAGUCUGGAUCGUUGCCUGUGCCCCAACAAGCCCCUUCAGAUUUGGCAAGAGGGCUGAGGGAGGUGAGGAGGGUGGAGCUCCUUAUCCCGUUUUCUGUCACUGUUAGGUAGAUCCAGAUUCACCCUGGAUCCCUAGCUGCUCUGUUCUGUGGGAGUGGGGGUGUGUGCAGGGGGUGUGGUGAGCAUCAGGGUCCUGGAUGGGGAUGGGGAGUGUGGCAGUGGGUGAGUGCCUCAGAAGGCCACAGGUGACCUUUCUUGGGCAUCUCACCCUGCCAAGGCAAGUCUGUAUCUAGAAGCUGCUCCCAUGUUGGGGAUGAUCAGGAUGGCAGUGCCCUGCCAGGGGCUUUCUUGCCUGGGGGUCCUUGUCAGGUCUGUCUUUGGCAUGAAAAGUUCACAAGGGAUUUGUGCGCCUCUGUGUUCCUGCCCCUGUGGCACCCUUCCAUCAAUGUGUUGGGUGAACCAUAGUGCCCUGCCUCCUCUCAGGUUUGCUCGUUUAACCAGGAGUGAGAGGAGGAAGGUUGUGUCGAAGAGGGGAUCCCAGGCCUGAGGCCCAGGGUCAGGGAGGGAGGCUUGUCUUGGGGUGGGGAUAGGAUUUGGGAAUGAAGCACCCUGCCCUUGAGAAACGUCUGCCCCUCCUGGCCCCUUGGGAGACCUUCUUUCCUUUCAACGUUAUUUUUAUACCGACAAGUAAAUAAAGCACGGGCUAUUUUUUUAACACAGAG